AUUUCAAAAAUAGCAGGAGAGCCGGAGAGGGUCCUUGGACUUCACAACACCUGAAUGGUUUUGAAUUGCGAUUUUUGUUCAAGAAGCGGACAUCGGAACUAAUCAUUCAUUGCCCAAAACGCUAAAGGGAUUUUGUCUAGUGUGAUAUAGAGAUGGCUACAACAACGUCGGAACCGGUCAACCUUUCAACAACCAUACAUUUUCAGGGUUAUGGAAACAAGACGACAAACAAUCGUUUUGAACAGCCGGAUUGGCAAGUGGCAUUGUGGGCAAUUGCUUAUUCACUGAUAGUGAUUGUGUCCGUCACAGGAAAUGUCACUGUAAUUUGGAUAAUUUUGGCCCACAAAAGAAUGAGGACAGUGACUAACUAUUUUAUAGUAAAUCUUGCAUUCUCGGACUUGUCAAUGGCUACUUUCAACACUGUCUUCAAUUUUGUUUAUGCUACACACAGCAACUGGUACUUCGGGUUGGGAUACUGUAGGUUUCAGAACUUCUAUCCCAUCACAGCAAUGUGCUCAAGCGUUUAUUCUAUGGCAGCUAUUGCGGUUGACCGAUACAUGGCCAUAAUCUACCCUUUGAAACUAAGGCUAUCCUCCACUUCUACCAAGAUUGUGAUUGGUGUCAUCUGGGCGGUGGCAUUCUCCCUGGCAUUCCCCCAGUGUUACUACUCUGUCACCGAGUACUAUCCACCACGGACUCUCUGUUUCGUCAACUGGCCUGAUGACUAUGGUGGGAAACACCAUCUCACAUACCAGAUAGCUUUGAUCAUACUGAUCUACCUGCUCCCCCUGCUGGUGAUGUUGGUCACCUACAGCCUUAUUGGCCAGACACUGUGGGGCAGUGAGAUACCGGGGGAGGCCUCAGACCACUUCCAGAACCAGAUCCAGGCCAAACACAAGGUGGUGAAGAUGAUGAUAGUGGUGGUGACGACCUUUGCCCUGUGCUGGCUGCCCUACCACAUCUACUUCAUCCUGGGCAGCUUCAACAUUGAGAUCUACAUGCAGACAUACAUCCAGCAGAUCUACCUGGCCAUCUUCUGGCUGGCCAUGAGUUCCACCAUGUACAACCCCAUCAUCUACUGCUGCCUCAACCAAAGGUUUCGCUCGGGGUUCCGUCACGCUUUCAGCUGGGUCCCUUUCAUCAAGGUGUCAGAGGAGGACAAGAUGGAGCUACAGCACACACGGACCUUCAGGAUGACCCGUAGCUAUCGCACUGACAACACCAACAGCACUGUGGUCCACCACAACUCCACCUAACAAGAUGACCACACCCCAGUCAAGAUCAUGAAAAGCUGAGGACAUGAGGACAUGCUAAAGCUCAUGAGCUCAGCUGCUAGGAGAAGUGAAACAAAUCAUGUUAUUAUUGUGUACAGUCCAUCAGUCAGUCGCACCAAACACCUUUAUCGUCACACACACCAGAUAGGUGCUGUGAAAUGUGUUAUUUUACAGGGUCAGACAUAGAAGUACGGCCCCCCUGGAGCAAAUUGAGGAUAAGUGCCUUGCUCAAGGGCAGGAUUCAUUUACUGGCCCAACACUCUAACCACUAGGCUACCUGCUGCCCCAAUGGGAAGGAAGAAUAGGAAAGGGAACUCCCAUGGUAUAAGCACCAAGCCUUAUCUGUUGCAGUAUUAAGGUAGUGUUAUUAUUUGUGUUGUUUUUGUGUAAUAUUGGUUUUUGUUGUGUGUCACCUGACUUUGUAGACCAUAUUGUGAAAUGUGCAAGUGAACCCAGGUUAUUAUUCCAAUAACAGUACAGGCAGACAAUGAGCAGUGAGCACUUGCAGAGCAACAUAGGACAAGAAACACGUAGCAGACAGACAGAGCAACAUAGGACAAGAAACACGUAGCAGACAGACAGAGCAACAUAGGACAAGCAACACGUAGCAGACAGACAGAGCAACACAGGACAAGAAACACGUAGCAGACAGACAGAGCAACAUAGGACAAGAAACACGUAGCAGACAGACAGAGCAACAUAGGACAAGAAACACGUAGCAGACAGACAGAGCAACACAGGACAAGAAACACGUAGCAGACAGACAGAGCAACAUAGGACAAGAAACGCGUAGCAGACAGACAGAGCAACAUAGGACAGGCAACACGUAGCAAACAGACAGACAGAGCAAUAUAAGACAAGCAACACAUAGCAGACAGACAGACAGACAGGCAGAGCAACAGCCUAAAAAGAAACAAAACAAAUUGAUAAAAGCAGCAGAGUGUUUCCACACCUCACAAGCUACAGACAACAGAUAUCAUGGAAAGCUACAGACAACAGAUAUGGAAAGCGGAAAUACACAGCUCGGGAUUAUGUUCACAAGUCGGAUUGUCCUAUAGCCAUGUCUGCAACCUCUUCUACAGCCAUAUAACUGUCACCAAAAUCAAUAUAGCACAGAACUUGACUUGUUUCGAGGCAACAACUUUUAAGUCGUUUUUAGAUAACUCGAAUUGGAAACCGUUGAGCAGACAGAUUUUGUGGCAAGCAGAUUGAAAGAGUUCUCAGGGACAGAUGUCGUGUCCCAUAGAGCCUAUGUUUGCAGCUAUGGUGUCAAAUGUUGAAAUAAGCUUUUCAACAAGUGUUUGUCAGUGCAAGGAAGUACAAUUGAAAUAGUCGUGGGGAGUAUUCAAUGGCGCAAUGAAGUCAGAGAAAAAACAUCAAUAAUUGUGUACAACAUGAAAACAGCCAAUCACAAAGCAUGUGAAUUUAAAAAGGAUCAUGUGAUAUUUGGUAAGUAUUGCCUUUGUUGGAUGUCACAGUGUGUAUUUAAUUUUAGUUUUGUACCAUAAAGAGUACUUUCAAUGUGUCCUUGCGAUGUGCUCAAAAAUUGUAAUUUACAUUUAUAUCCCACUACAUGUUUAUGUCAAAUGAUGUAGGUUUUGUUUUGUGUAGUUGAUAUUGAUAUAGUGUAAUGUAGCAUAGAAAAGUCACCCCACUGAGGAAUUGUUCAAUUUAAAGUAUUGUAAAAUGUUACACUGUGCAUUAUUAUAAUAUGCUGGUGACUUUAGAAAUGAAUUACGUCUGUUGAUAAUAGACGAUUUAAGUGAGAUAACUUUCCACCUUAAGAUAGUAGCAUAAUGCCAGUGUAUUUCAUAAAUUACUUUUGAGUGUAAAGUUCGUGUUAAGUUAUUUCUUUAUAACAUCUUGCUCAUAUACAGAAUGCUAUUUUAACGUAACCAUAACUGAAAAAUAUAUAUAGCUUUAGACAUAUUGUAAGUGAAAUUAUUUCACAAAAUAACAAAAAUAUGGCUGUUGCUAACAUAGCAUCCUUGUCCAUGAGUUUAACUGUCUGUAUUAUAUUAUCAAUGUCCUAACUAUAACAUCACUGGAACAAAAGCUCAGAAAGGAAGUCGACCUUUAUUGGAAAAAAGUAUUGCCAUGAUAAUUAACAUAGAUAUUCAAAGAUAAGUAAAAGCUUCAUAUUUGCUUGCACAUCAAAAUAAAGUUUCAUUUAAUCCCA